AUCUACGACAGUAAACCAAAACAAACCCAUUCAAAAGGCAAGCCAAUAUGGGCAGCUCCAAACAAAACACGGGAAAAAUUAAAACAAACUUCGUACCUCGGGUGAAUCAGCUAGACUCCAUACAGCUCGACAAUGAAAUAACAAACCUCCUCCGCCAGCAGAUACAGAACAUACUACAGGUCCUACCGCCCGGACUGCUGAGCCACCUUCAGCCGGAGAUAAAUUUUGUCCUAAACUCAGCCCUUUGGAACUUUUCCAUCCGCACACACUAUGCCACCUUCGGCCAGCAGAUGCUGUCGAUCGCGUACGAAAAAGAUCAACUGCCAUCGGCAAAGCUAGCCCUUCACUACCUCCUCACGACGGUGCUACCGUACGCCAAAGAAAACGCUCAAUUUCGCCUAACCAACUGGUCGCGGGUGCAAAAGCUCCUCCAGCUAGCGGAAAACGCACUGGUCCUGUUUAAUCUGGUUAACUUUUUCAAGUUUCUCCGCUCCGGUACGCGACCCUCGCUGGUGGAUUGUUUGCUGCGCAUUAACCACCGCUCGCUGGACGGUGCGAAGCGACGCACGAUCGGCUACUCGUACAUGACGCGCGAGCUGGUUUGGGCUGGCUUUAUGGAGCUGCUCGGAUUUACGAUCCCGUUCGUGAACUAUCACGCGCUGAAGCGAAAGCUGCGCAAUUUGCUGCGCAUUGAAGCGGCACCCCAGCGGCAGGAUGAGCGCGUUGAGCUGACCGCGGACACGAGAUGUGCGUACUGCAAUGAGCGAGUGAUUCUACCUCACCACAUGGGCUGCAGGCACGUGUUUUGCUACCUGUGUCUGAAGGGCAAUCAGCUGGCGGAUGCUGGAUUCCAGUGUAAUGUGUGUGACUACCGCAGUGAAACGUUCCGGAAGGUUGUUGUAUUGUAGGAUGGAUUUGUUGUGUAUUUAUAAAAAAAGGUUUAUGGGUGCUAGGGUGUUCAAACAUUCCAGAACAAAAAACGGUUGUCUCUAUGUAAUGUGUUGCAGGAUG